AUGGACCCCCUCCCAGAGUACUCCCUUUUCCUGGUGAGGAUCCUGGAGGAGCUGGACAGCAAGCACCGCACUGUGUCCUACCAGGACCUGUGUAAGUCCCUGUGUGCCCGCUUCGACCUGGUCCACCUGGCCAAGCUGCGGAGCCUGCUUUUCUACACGGCCUGCCUGGACCCUGCCUUUCCCGCCACCCUGUUCAGGGACAAGAUGCGCUGCUCCGUGGAGGACCAGCAGUCCAAGAAGCUGAUGGUGGCGGCAGACAUCGUCACCAUGUUCAACCUCAUCCAGAUGAACGGGGGCAUUGCCAAAGACAAGCUGCCCAUGGGGCACAGACCCAAGUUCCACAAGAACCAGUCUUUCGAGUCAUGUAGGUCAGACACAGAAGUUUAUAAGUUCCAGGACUGCAAGAGGGGAGGGUACGACCACAUGGACCAUCCCAGGGGGGUGCAUCACCACCUCCCCCUGCCCCAGAACACCCCCCCCUGUCCUACAUCGGAUUGCAACAACUGCCAGCAGUUCAUCCCCACCUCCGACCCUAACUUCCUGUUGGGCGUCAACAAGGAUUUGAAAUGUAGAGCAGCAUCGCUGGACAAGCUGCAGCAUCUGCCUCAGUACUCCAGUGGCAGCCCUCCGUCACCUCCCUGCGAGAUGCAGAGCACCUAUUUUCCCAUGGACAUCGACAGUGAGUCCACCACAGACCAGGACUCUCUGCAGCACAUCAACCAUGCAGAGCCUUUUACCGUCCACUCCUGCAUCCAGAAGAGAAACAUCUUCAAGGAGGACUUUCACAACCUCCAAGCAUUCUCUCCACAGGUUGUUACCUCAGAGUCCAAACUUGCCAGUAAAGCCAGUGGAGGGUACCAUCGGAGGGAACUCCACAAACCUACAACUUUCUUCAACCACAGCUUUGAGCUGCCCUACAGCAACCCAUACUUUGAUCCCCCCCUCAGCUCACCCAUCCAGGAGAAACGACGAGCAAAGCACGAGAGUCUGGAUGACCUCCAAGCAUCUACGUAUUUUGGGCCAACAACAGUCUCUGAGUGUGUGAACACCCGGAGAGUCAGUAAACCUGGGAAGCAGCCAUCUUGGCCGGUGAAGAGCCUGAGUCUGAACACAGAGGAAGGUCCUCCGGACUUUGAGAGGUCUUUUCUCAAUGGCAAACCACUGAAAGACAACUACCGCCAUAAAGUCAGUGUGAUCAACAAAGACAAUGAGCAGCAUUUUCAGAACGCCAAGGAGAAGGUGACUGCCUCUCCUUCAGGGUUUGCAAAGAAAACCAAUGGGUUGAAGAGCAAGGAUGUAGCCUCCAUGGGGUGUGGGCCAGACCGGGUUGUGGAGAAAAGAGAGGUGGGGAAAAGGUUCAGAGACAAAACUACCCACAGCACCUCUUUCCAGGGAGGCAACAUAGACUGCUCAUCCAGUAUUGGAACCCAGACAGAGCAGGCAGAGCAGAGGAAACUGAAAGAAUACACAUCUAGAAAUGCUAAGUAUGGCGAGAGAGAGAGACACCCCUUCAAGCACUCAGAUGAAGACUCGGAGAUUGUUAGCGACGAUAUUAGCGAUAUAUUCCGUUUCCUUGAUGACAUGAGUGUGUGUGACUCUCUGGGCAUCAUCCAGUCCUCCUGCUACAACAGUAACGGAUCAAUCUCUCAGUUAACGUUGAAGUCGGACGGCGACAGUUCUCCCGAACGCAACACAGUCAAACUGGCCAAGUCCAAGCUGGACCGACUGUUUAACUCCCUGGAGAGCACCGACGACGAGCUGAAGUCCAGCGUGUGUAAGUUGGUGAUGAGGAUCGGAGAAAUCGAGAAGAAGCUGGAGUCUCUGUCAGGGGUGCGAGGUGAAAUCUCCCAGGUGCUCUCCAAACUUAACAAGCUAGACGACAAGAUCCAGGAGCCAGAGACCAAUGGGAGGCCUGGGGACACAGCGUCUGCCUCGGGCUCCAACGCCACCCCAGACCACCUCCACCCCCACCAAGACCCCACCCUCUCCCCACAUGUGUUCCAAUGCCACACCACAGGCCACACCAUCAAGGGGGACAGUGGCUCUGGGGAGUGGUGCUGCUCGGACGGCAGUAACAGCGAGAGCCUGCGGGUGAAAGCCCUGAAGAAGAGUAUGUUCACCCGGAGGUCCUCGCGCUCGCUCAACGAGGAGAACAGCGCCACAGAGUCAAAGGUCACCAGCAUCACCAACUCCCCGCGCGACUGGAGGACAGUGUCAUAUUCUAACCACCCCGGAGACGAGUGCAAAGACAAGGACCGUAACAGGGACCAUGACAGGGACAGGGAGCGGGACAGAGACAGAGACAACAAGGACAGACACAGGAAAGCCAAAGAGUUGGAGCGUGAACGUCAGUACGAGAUCCCCCAGGCCCAUCGCUCCUCCAAGCCCCCCAAGGACUCCUACCUGGUGGAGCAGGUGUUCUCCCCGCACCCCUUCCCACCCUCCGUCAAGUCUCACAUGAAGGGGAGCCCCCUGUACACAGACCUGCGGCUGACCGGCCUGUCUGAUGGCAAACGAGGACAGCCCUCCUGGACCAUCGAGGAAUACAAACGCAACUCUGGAGAGAAGGGCAAGCAGCUCACAGCUCUGGACCUGCAGACCCAGGAAUCUCUGAACCCCAACAACCUGGAAUACUGGAUGGAGGACAUUUACACACCCGGAUACGAUUCGCUGCUCAAAAGGAAAGAGGCAGAGUUUCGCAGAGCCAAAGUGUGUAAGAUUGGAGCUCUAAUUGCUGCAGCGGCCUGCACGGUCAUCCUGGUCAUCGUGGUGCCCAUAUGCACCAUGAAGACAUGA